AAUGUCAGACGUUGCUGAAGAGAAAGCCGAAUUCCUCGUCAUUCGCACAUAUGGAUCGGAGUCUUUCCGCAAAGAAUGUGCUGAUCUCAUUGAAAAAGAGCUGCACAAAUUAAAUGCAACAAUCGCUCGCGUCCCGGUGGGGGAGUUUGUCGCUUACGCGGAGAACGCUGUCAAAAAUGAGACGGAUUCCGAAGCUGUUGGCUCAUCGUCGGUCAAACGUGAAAACUCGGCAAAUGAUUCGCCCGCUAACACCAAUGACGUCGACAUUGUCUCGUCACCGGUCAAGAGAGGACGUGGGCGCAAAGCAAAGAAUCCGUCCGCUGACGCGGAUGUCAACGACACCGGCUCAUCACCAGUCAAGAAGGGACGUGGUCGCCCAAUAAAGAAUCCUUCAGCUGAUGCUGGUUCCCCAUUGGUCAAGAAAGGACGUGGACGCAGAGCGCAAACUCCGGCAGCUGACACGGACGCCAUCGACACCGCCUCAUCACCAGUCAAGAAGGGACGUGGUCGCCCAGCAAAGAAUCCUUCAGCUGAUGCUGGUUCCCCAUUGGUCAAGAAAGGACGUGGUCGCCAAGCGAAAAAUCUGGCCGCUGACACGGAUGCCAUCGACACCGCCUCAUCACCAGUCAAGAAGGGACGCGGUCGCCCACUGAAGAAAACUGCCGCUGAAGCCGACGUCAACGGAUUGGGCUCACCAUCUGCCAACCGAAUAACUGGCUGCCCUCCAUCGACAAAGGUUUCGAAUCAAUCUUCACCACCGGAACCUGCUGUCAACGAGUCUGAAGAGGCCGAUGAGCCAGUCCUGAAGCGAGGACGUUCAGUGAAGCAGCCCAAAGACGAAUCCGAGUCUGACGACGAGGAUGCUGAGAAGGCUCCAGCCGCCAUUCCAAAGAAGCGCGGGCGCCCAGGAAAAUCUGCCAUUGAUGCCUUCUUCGAUGGCUCAGACUAAUUCAUUCCUCUGUUCAAUUUUUACCCCAUUAUUUGCCUGCCAUACCUGUGCACAUCGAACUAUUCGAUCUCUAAAUUUUAAUCGUUGUUUCUUAUAUUUAUUUUAACCACUGUGCAUGAAAAAGCUGGUUAU